AUGGACAAGCUUCUGAGCAUGAUAAUAGACCUCCCAGAUGAAUCUUUAGAGAUAAAUGAAGAGUUAAAAAAUAGCAGUAAUAUUAGUGAUAGAUUAUUUUAUAGAGUUUUGAAUAAUAAAGUAACAAGAUUUGAAAUUUAUAAACAUAUUUUAAAGUUUAUUGAACAUAGGGUUGUAGUUUUUGAUAAAUCACGUUAUGACCAGUAUACAGAUAAAUCAUAUAUAACAAAACUUAAGUGGUGUGGUGAUCCACUACCAGAUAAAAGUAAAUUUCCGCCAUUUUUGACACAUUUAUAUUUGCACAGUUUUUCUAAAAAGUUAACUCAAACUUUACCAAAUACAAUUACUACACUUAUAUUCGGUGAUGAUUUUAACCAAAUUAUUCCAGACGGCAAAUUACCAAAUAGCCUCACAUCACUUACAUUCGGUCGUCAUAUUUCUAAAUUUAACAAAAAUUUUGGCAUAUUACCAAAUAGUCUCACAAAACUCACAUUCGGUUUUAGUUAUAACCGAGAAAUUAAAUCUGGCUCAUUACCAAAUAGUAUCACAACACUCACAUUCGGUGAUAAAUUUAACCAAGUAAUUCUACCCAACUCAUUACCAAAUAGUCUCACAACACUCACAUUUGGUGAUAAGUUUAACAAAGUAAUUCUACCCGACACAUUACUAAAUAGUCUCACAACACUCACAUUCGGUGAAGAUUUUAACCAAGUAAUUCUACCCAACUCAUUACCAAAUAGUCUUACAACACUCACAUUCGAUUUUUAUUUUAACCAAGUAAUUCCACCCGGCUCAUUACCAUAUAGUAUCACAACACUCAUAUUUGGUAAUAAUUUUAACCAAAUAAUUGCACACGGCACAUUACCAAAUAGUCUCACAACACUCACAUUCGGUUUUCGGUUUAACCAAGUAAUUCUACCCGGCUCAUUACCAAAUGGUCUCACAACACUCACAUUUGGUUCUUAUUUUAACCAAGUAAUUCCACCCGGCACACUACCAAAUAGUCUCACAACACUCACAUUCAAUAGUCUUUUUAACCAAGUAUUUCUACCUGGCACAUUACCAAACAGUCUCACAACACUCACAAUUGGUGAUAAAAUUAAAAAAGUAAUUCCACCCGACUCAUUACCAAAUAGUCUUAAUAUUAACAACAACAAGAUAAUUAUCCCAAGAAUUUUUUAUUUAAAUCUUUUCAAAAAUACAAAAAAAUAA